AUGCAGAUUCACUGUGCAGUCAGCCCAGCUACAAUCCCUGAAACAAAGCAGCCCAUCUCUCAACUCAUGGCUUCGACAGGCUUCAGCCCUUUCCUGCCGUCUUCCUACAACAGGAGAGUAGUUGUGCGCAGUGCAGGAUAUGGAGCAGGAGGAGGUAUUGGAUCCAGGUCUGCCUACUCCACCCACUCUGCCCCAGUAACUUCUUAUGUGUCUUCACGCAGAAGUUAUCCUGCAUCCACCCGAGCCGCUUCAAGCUACUCCACCCUACUUUCUGCUGCAGCAGCUCCUGAGCUCCGCCUUGACCAAGCCACCCAAGUUAGCGCUGAGUUUAAAGUCUUAAGGACACAAGAAAAGGCUGAGCUCCAGGACCUGAAUGAUCGCUUCGUGAGUUUCAUUGAGAGGGUUCAUGAGUUGGAACAGCAGAACAAGUUGCUGGAGACGGAGCUGCUGCUGCUCAGGCAAAAGCAGACAGAGCCGUCAAACUUCCGGGCACUGUACGAGCAUGAGAUCCGUCAGCUCCGUGCUGUUGUUGAAGAGGCCCGCCAUGAGAAGCAAGCGGCCCAGGACCACAGGGAUGAGAUGGAGGAUGUGCUGAAGAACCUUCAAAAACACUAUGAGGAUGAAGUUCUAGGCAGAGAGGGAGCAGAGGGACGUCUGAUGGAGGCCAGAAAAGGAAGGGAUAAAGCCGCACUGGGCCAAGCUGAGCUUGAGAAAAGAAUCGGGAGCCUUCUGGAUGAGCUGGCCUUCCUGAAGCGCAUCUGUGAGAGUGAGAUUGCAGAGCUGCAGGCCCAAGUCCAGUACAGUGUAGAGGUGUCAGUGGAGAUGGAGGUCUCCAAACCUGACCUUUCCACGGCUCUUCGAGAAAUCCGAGGGCAGUAUGAGAAUCUGGCUCAACGCAACCUUCAAGCAGCUGAAGAAUGGUUCUGCAACAAGAUGAGUGUGAUGACCGUGGGCGCUCCUCGCAGCACAGAGAGCACUCGCAGCGCCAAAGAUGAAGCUGGAGAGCAUCGACGACUGCUUAAAGCCAGAACGCUGGACAUAGAAGCCGGCCGUGAGACCAUCCAAGCUCUGGAAAACCAACUACAGGAAGUGGAGGAGAAACAGAGUGCCGAGAUCUCAGUGUUGCAGGACACAAUAGGCCAACUGGAGGAUGAAUUAAGGGCCAGUAAGAACGACAUGGCUCGCUACUUAAAGGACUACCAGGACCUUCUGAAUGUAAAGAUGGCUCUGGAUAUAGAAAUUGCAGCUUACAGGAAACUCCUUGAAGGAGAGGAGGAUCGUUUGAAUGUUGAAAGACCGAGUUCUUUCAUGGUUUACUCCCAAGCCAUGGGCAUUGCUCCGGGCUACGGGAGAGCACAGAUCUCCACUCUCCCUCAAAUGAGUGCCGCUGCUCCGUACCUGCUGAGCUCUCGCUUCUAUUCAUCAUCGGUUUCCACAGAGCAGCCAAUAUCUGCAAGCCAUGCACAGCAGGCCGAAGCCAGCCCCCCUCAGGAGGAGGAUGAAGAAGAGGGAGAACAGGUAGAAGAGGAAGAGAAGGAGCAGGAAGAGGAAGAAGGUGAGAAGGAGGAUGUAGAGGAGGAGGAGGGGGAUCAGGGGGAGGAAGAGGAAGAAAAGGAGGAGGAAAAACAGGAAGAGGAGGCGGAAGAAGCAAACGAAGAGGAUGAAGCAGUUCAAGCAGAAGAUGGAAGCAAAGAGGACGAGGAAGAAUGUGAAGAGGACAACCAACCUCAAAAGGAAGAGGAGCAAAUAGGAGAAGAUGAUGAUGGAGGUAAGAAGGAGGAUGAAGCUGCAAAAGAAGAAGAGGAGAAAACUGAAGAGAAACCUGGAAAAACAGUUGAUGAAAAAGUUUAAAUGAACUUGUCAAAGUUCUCUGGUGCUCAGUAUGCAGAAAUGCCUAAUUAAACCCAAAUGAAAACCUCGUGAAGUCAGUAAUGUUUGACUCACUUGACUAACUAACAGCAUGUUUGCUCCUGUGCACACGGCAAAAGCAAGAAAUGGAAAUGAUCUGGAGAAUUGUUUGUGGAUGCUUCACUGUCACCAGAUUGUGCUGAUACAGAUGUUUUAUGUGCAAUACACAGUUUAAAAUAACUUACUUCUUCAAGUCCCCACUGAGAGCUUUAAGUCCUGUCAUGUGCUGCAUCCAACGCUAAUAAAGUCUUGUCAACCUAAA